UCAGGUUUUACACAUGAGUCUGGUGGAAAUGUUUUGUCCCCAACUCAAUCCCCUUCUCUCCAAACAAUGGAUCGUGCGGGAGGAUAUGGUGAAUCAUAUGAUCCGUUUAGAAUCCCAUCUGCAGUUUUCCAAAGAAGUAGUUCUGUUACUCCACUGGAAUGGAGUAUUGCUUCAAAUGAGUCAUUGUUUAGCAUUCAGGUUGGAAACAAUAGCUUCUCCAGAGAUCAAGUGUUGAUGUUGAAUGAGUUAGGUAAGUCGGGUGAGUUAACGAAAUCUGGCAAGUUGAAAAAAGCAGAAGAUUCGUUUGUGUUUAGCUCACCACCUGCAGUUAUCAUGUCAAGAGAAGCUGAAAUGAAGAGUGCUGAAUAUGAAGCGGAUCCUAAAAUGGCAGAUACCAUAGAAUAUAACAUAAAGGAUAAAAGUGGAUCGAUUACAGACGAUGAUCUUAGUGACAGAAACCUACCACCUCCUGCAGUAUCAUGGAAUUCCUCUACCAAAUCUCGGCACUCUGAUAGAAGUCUAAGGAGCUCAGAUUCAUUCGCUUUCCCCAUUUUGGCCGAUGAAGAGGCGCAGGCUGGAUCCAUGCCUAAUGAUGCUAAAUUUCAAGGCACUCCAGUCUCUUCAAAAUCAAAACCGAAGUGUUGGUUCUCCUGCUGUUCAUGUAGUUGUUCAUUUUCUUCUUGUUUCAAAUGGAUUUUUUGUUGGUGUUUUUAUUGUCCCAAAUGGAGGUGUUCGUAUUCUUCUUGUUAUAAGCGGAGUUGUUGUUCGUGUUCUUCUUGUUGCAAAUGGAGAUGUUCAUGUUCUUCUUGUUUCAAGUGGAACUGCAGUUCGUGUUCUUGUCCCAAAUGGAGUUGCAGUUCAUGUUGUUCUUGUCCCAAAUGGAGUUGCAGUUCAUGUUGUUCUUGUCCAAAAUGGAGUUGCAGUUCAUGUUGUUCUUGUCCAAAAUGGAGUUGCAGUUCAUGUUGUUCUUGUCCCAAAUGGAGUUGCAGUUCAUGUUCUUGUUCCAAAUGGAGUUGCAGUUCAUGUUUUUCUUGUUCUUCUUGUUCCAAAAGGAGUUGCAGUUCAUGUUUUUCUUGUUCCAAGUGGAGUUGUGGUUCGUGUUCUUCUUGUUGCAAAUGGGAUUCAUGCACAUGUUCAUCUUGUUGGACAUGCAGCUGCUGUAGUAAUUGUCAUUUUUGCGAUUGUUGCCAUUUUCGUCCUCGCUGUUGCUUUCGACCUCGCUGUCAUAUUUACCCUUCUUGUCAUUUUUGCAGUUGUUAAAUGGACGUCGUCCCAGAAAGGACAUCGUCACCUGAUUUUUUAUACUAAUCCUUUAGGUGUUUAGAAUCAUUAAAUGUAACAUACCGAGUUCGAACAAACCCUCUUUGCAGUUUCGGGGGUUUUGGUUGUUUUACCGGAUAAAUCAUUAAAUGUAACAUACCGAGGUUCAAACAAACCCUCCUUGCAGUGUCGAGGGUUUCGUUUAUUUUACCGGAACAUAUUUGAAUUCACAGACAAUUUUACUUUAGAUAUGUUCUCUUACUCUUAAGAACAUUGAUUGUCAAUAUAUUUGGUUGAUACAUUUGAUUAAUUUGGCAUCACAGUGAGCAAGCUUCUUAAUGUUUAGUAUGAUCUACGAAAUGGUUUGAGAAUGAUUUAUAUUCGAGAGAACAUUGGUUGAAUUAGCAAUGUCAAACGAGCAGCUUUUAUUGGAAAAAAGCAUCAUACAAUAUUCAAUAUGGGAAAAGACGAUGCUCUCUUGCAAAUGAACUAUGAAAAAACCAUAUGAUUUUAAGUAGAAAAAAGGAUCAACGAUUAUGUUACAAGAAAUUGACUCGUAGUAGCAGGAAGAAUAUCAAUGUGCAUCAAAAGUUGCUGCUUUUCUUUUUACCCAACUUGAGGUUAAAAUGAGGAAGAAAUAUGAAUACCUUGAUCCAUAAAAUCUCCAACUGAGAGCCAUUCAAAAAUUCUCUUUCAAGACAUGAUUCACUCUACAAGGUAAGAAAAAUAAUCAAGUAUAAUAACAAAGGAUCUCUUUACUUUAAAACACUAAGUUCUCUAUGUUUCCUAUUUUGAAGGCUCCCCAAAUGUUUGAUGGGGUUUGUGACAAGGGAUUGUAACCACACAACAUCACAAAAAAGGA